AUGUCUGAGGUUGCUGAUCUGCGAAUCGCCACCAAGCGGGUGUAUCAUGACAACAACAAGCCGUACGGAGAGUCCGAAACUAUAACUGUGUACAUCUACAAUGCCGGUCCCAAUCGAGCAAAGACCCCCAGGGUUAGGGUUGGCUUCGGCUACUCUAUGGACUACAGCGCCGUCAUAACUACCCUUCGUCAGGCGCAAGUAUGGCGUAAACCAUCUGAAGCCAUCAAAAAUGGAACCCUCACUUGGACUACCCUGUCCAAUCCAACUAGUCUCGUUCAAGGGUGGGACAUUGUGACCACUCUCUCUGAUGUUCAGGCUGGGACACUCAUGGAACUCAAUCUGUCAUUCCCCAUGCUACACGAGACGUCCUAUAAGGACUACUUACUGAAGGCAUCGGUUGUCUCGCCCACCCUUGAUCUACGUUUGCAUAAUAACUUCACGGCAUAUAUUAUCACCCCCAAUCAUCACCACGAUGGUCCGGAUUAUUGGAACACCCCCGGUGACCUCGCUAGUCUGGACUUUGAGGGGCUGACAAGCGCCUUGCCAAUCUCACGGGCUGAUUUGAGGAUUGCUUCCACCCGAGCCACCUACAACAACAACUUGCCGCAUGGGCAGAGUGAGACGUUGACGUUCCUCGUCUUCAACGAUGGACCGACUAUUGCCACCCAGCCCGUCCUUACCGCAGGCUACACAACGUCGAUGGACUACAACAACGUGUCCUGUAGCUGUGAACAGGUGUGGGUGCCUGAAGGGGCCAACCCUUCGUCGGAUCUCGAUAACUAUGCUUGGAAGUCUGUUGAUGGUGUUACUUGGCGUACUGACGGAUGGAACGUCAUCUGCAGUCUUCCCAAUAUCCCACCCACCGUGUUGUAUCGUGUGAAAAUCACUUUCCCGAUGAACCAUGAGACUACAUACAAGGACUAUACUGCCACUGCGUCGAUCUCGUCCCAAGCUACAGAGGUCAAUGCAAAUAGCAGUUCAACGACAUACGUGAUCACCCCAAAUCACCAAAACGAUAAUAAUGCAUACUGGCAGACCAAAGGGAAUAUUGCCCAGCUAGAUGGCCCCUCCCUAACUCCAUUUGCAAAUCGAGCACCAUUGACGGGCUGGCUUCUAGAUACCCCGAUUAUCGUGUCAGAUAGUAAAGGCCGUGCGCAAAUCCCUUUGACCGAGUUGGAGGGGUGGAUUAGUGAAAAGGAGAAGCAGAUCGUUAGCUACAACAUUAGAGACAAAACUUUGAAGCCCAAAGUUGCCACCAAGGUCGAAUAUGGGACUUCUUCAGAUAUCACUGUCUUGUCGUUCUCAGCAGAUGGCAAGACUCAACUAUCCUACAGUGCUCACCCAGACACGCUGCUGUAUUUGAAUCCCACAAAGAUUACAGCUGGGCAAGAUGAGGUCCGCCUUGCCUACUGGAUUCCGGUGCGAAUGCUUUGGGUGGGUGCAGCAGUCAGUGGGAUGAGUCCUGGUGGUGGUAUGACAGUUGCCUACGUGACGAAUAUACAGCAUGUCGCAGAAGGAGAGUAUCGAAGUGCCGAGCCUCAGAUGGUCAGCCAAAGUCAUAGCUACGUGGUCGGGACAUUAGGCUCAGGAGGCGUGCUCACUCACAACCCAAAGAAUGGCCCGGGACCUGCAAAUGUGCCAGCCAUGCUAGCAUAUGCUGCUCGUAUUGCAAACAACUUGGUAGCAACGACAACACCACCGCCUGGCCUUCCGAAUCCUCCACACGGAUACACUCUACGUCAUCGGCGUCCUACAGAUCGUGCUCCGCCAUCUGCACCUGCGCCGCCAAUUCUGCCUCCGGAUGUACCCCGACGUGAUGAACACGGAAACUGGUUAAUCUACCUAUAUGAGGAAGACAGCCCAGCUGCAGUGGAGAAUGCUCGUUUCGCGGUUGAGGAGGGAGGGCAACCUUGGCGUCUCACCUAUGAUCCUGCAGGUGCACACGCUCGACGAUCACAAUCCACAGGCCCUCAUCAGUCACAGAGGGAGCUUCUGCAACUCACAACCGAGGAGCUCACGGGGCGCUCUGGAACGGGCCAGCUCGACCGCGAUGAGUAUCCGCCUGCUAUCGCGGCUGAAGGUGGAAGAGGGGCAAUUGUCACCUACAUUGAAGCUGGCGAUAAUCGUAGAGCUGGCAGCUUGAUGGGACAGCAGUUCACCAACUACCGAAUGAACCCGCAGCCUGACGGUCAUGCACCGCUCCAGUCCGGUGAUACAUUCCGAUUUGCUAUUAUCCACGAGAACAUGGCUUCCGUUGAAUAUCUUGGAGAUGAUUCUGUGGAUGCCUCACAGCUGGAACAACCACCAAUCGAAUAA